AUUAUAGAGGAAAAAAUGUGUGAUCACAAGGAUUACUAGACAAAACUAAAACGAAAUGUAGAUUUUUUUUGUUGUUGUUGCAAUUUACUGGUUUUUACUAGUGGAUCUAAGGACGAGUGAUAAAUGUUGACUUCAACUGUUCAUUUUUCCCCCCCAGUUUUAUUGGUGGGAAGCAGAAUUCGAUUUAGUGCAGGUGUUUAAAACAGAAGUGAAAAUCAGUGUUUUCUCGUCCUUGGCAUUUAUUACCGUGUUUUUGAACAUGUAUGUAUGUUCAAGAAGAAACAAAAAGUAACUCAAAGGAAAACUAAAUGGCUUUCGCAAACUUAUUCACGAGCUUGGCUGCAGUUGAAAAAGAUGUGAGAAGUCCUGCUCAAGAGAACUCUCCUCACAGGUGUGUUACCUGAGACAGAGUCACCUAAACAAUCUCAGAUUAAAAUCUUUUUUCUUCAUCUACUAAUUUAUUUUUAUUUUAAAGGAAAGAGACUGGACGUGGCAGGGGAAGAAAGAGGAAAACUCCUGGAGAACAGACAGCUCCUCCUGAAAAAGUGAGUCAAACUUGGAUCAGACUUUUUAUUUUCUAACAUCCUAAAGCUUGGACCACAUUUCUCUGUUUGAUUCCUGGUGAAACUUUAUCUCACUUGUCAGGUGUUGUCGUUCAUUUCCAUGAAUGAUUUUUUUAAAGAUACGACUGAUACCAGUGCAGUCAAGUCAAACAGCUCAUUAAACAGACAGGUGUAAACAGAAAUGUUGAUUUCAUCAUGAUUUUGCUUCAGGUUGUUUGUUUUUACAGCAAAAAAUUGUGUUUCAUGGCAACAUAUCAGCCUCUCAUUAAAGCUACUGUGAGGAACUUUUGGUUUGUGUCAAAUGUGGGGUCCCCUUUUGAUAAAGCAGUUGUUGCUUCUCUGAUUCUACACAUACAGUGGAUAUAAAAAAGUCUACACACCCCUGUUCAACUGCCAGGUUUUCGUGAUGUAAGAAAAUGACAGCAAGAUAAAUAAUUUCGCAACUUUUUCUACCUUUAAUGUGACCUAUAACCUGUACAGUGCAAUUGAAAAACAAACUGAAACCUUUAAGGGGAAAAAUAUAAAAUAAAUAAACUAAAAUAACCUGGUUGCAUAAAUAUGCACACCCUUAAACUAAUACUUUGUUGCAGCACCUUUGGCUUUUAUUACAGCACUCAGUCUUUUUGGGUAGGAGUCUAUCAGCAUAGCACAUCUUGAUGUGGCAAUAUUUGCCCACUCUUCUUCCACAAAUGUUUGAUGGGAUUCAGGUCUGGGCUCUGGCUAGUGUAUUCCAAAGUCUCAAUCUUAUUCCAGUGAAGCCAUUCUUUUGUAGAUUUAGAUGUGUACUUUGAGUCAUUGUAGUGCUGAAAGAUGAAGUUCCUCUUCAUCCUUAGCUUUCUACCAGAAGGCUGAAGGUUUUGUGCCAACACUGACUGGUAUUUAGAACUGUUCAUAAUUCCCUCCACCCUGACUAAGGCACCAGUUCCAGCUGAAGAAAAACAGCCCCAACGCAUGAUGCUGCCAUGCCCAUGCUUCACUGUGGGUAUGGUGUUCUUUUGGUGAUGAGCAGUGUUGAUUUUGCACCAAAUAUACCUUUUGCAAUUAGGUCCAAAAAGUUGAACUUUGGUUUCAUCAGACCAUAACACAUUUUCCCACAUGCCUUUGGGAGAUUUCAGAUGUCUUUUUGCAAAAUUAAACCAGGCUUUGAUGUUUUUCUUUGUGAGAUAAGGCUUCCGUCUUGCCACCCUACCCCAUAGCCCAGACAUAUGAAGACAGCGGGAGAUUUUUGUCACAUGUACUACACAGCCAGUACUCGCCAGAAAUUUCUGCAGCUCCUUCAGUGUUGCUGUCGGCCUCUUGGUAGCCUCCCUGACCAGUUUUCUUCUUGUCUUAUCAUCAAUUUUGGACGGAUGUCCUGUUCUCGGUAAUGUCACUGUUGUGCCAUAUUUUCUCCACCUGAUGAUGAUGGUCUUUACUGUGUUCCAUGGUAUAUUUAAUUCCUUGGAAAUUCUUUUGUAGCCCUCACCUGACUGAUAUCUUUGAAUAAUGAGAUCCCUCUGAUGCUUUGGAAGCUCUCUGAGGACCAUGGCUUGUCCUGGAAGAUGUGGCUACAAAAAUAUCAGGAAAAGCCUACUAGAACAGCUGAACUUUAUUUGGGGUUGAUCAGAGGCACUUUAAUUGGUGACAGGUGUGUGCUGACCCCAAUUUAACCUGAGUUUGAAUGUAAUUGGUUAAAUCUGAACACAGCCACAUCCCCAGUUAUUAAAGGGUGUGCACACUUAUGCAACCACAUGAUCUCAGUUGUUUAUUUUUACUUCACCUCCCUGAAAGAUUUCUGUUUGUUUUUAAGUUGUGUUGGACAGGUUUUAUGUCACAUUAGAGGUGGAAGAAUUUGUGAAUUUAUUUAACUUGAUGUAACUUUUUUACAUGACAAAAACUAUUUGAACAGGGGUGUGUAGACUUUUUAUAUCCACUGUACGUAAGUGGUGUCUUCUGAGUAAGAAAAUCUUUUCCUACUUAACUUCAGAUGUCAGUCAGUCAGAUGUAUCCCUGUGUCAUAUUAUUAUUGUGAAUAUUUUCUUUGGAAAUGAUAAAAACUGGGCUGUUCCUUCAGCUGCUUGGCUGACACCUACCCUUUUGUACAGCUUUCAGGCAUAACAAUAUUACAAGAUAGAAAUUAUCAGUCAUGUCGUUGAUGGUCUUGUUUGCUUUUGUAUAUCAUAAAAAGGCAUCAAUUGUGAAUCAGGGGUCCCAAAUUAUCAUUUGCUUUUAAAUGUAAUGACUACUUUACUAUAUUAUAUUUUAAGUUAAGUUUAAGUUAUAUUAAUUUUUUUGAAUUAUGAUGCAUUUGAAAUGUUAUAAAAAGAAAGCCCAGAAUGCCUACAAGCCUUAACUCUUAAUGCUGCUCUUUAAAUAGUGUGUAAGAGUUCUUAAAGUUCGUAAUAAACUGGAAUACAUUUUUUUGUGUUGCAUUUAUUUCACUUAAUGUAUCAAAAAAUGUACCAAUGGGGGACUUCAAAAUUGAGAAUUAAAAAAAAAUCUUUAUCAAUUCGUCCCUGUAAGAACACCACACAUUAGUGUGUAUUAACUUGACAAACUUGAAGAGGUAUUUUAAUCAUUCAACUGAUGUACAUUUAUUUUUCCUUGACACAAAAGCUAUAUUUAUUUAUUUAUUUUCCCACAGAGGCCGUGCUACCAAACCAGGUCAACCAGAGCUCACAGUGCCACGUUCUUUAAAUAUGAUGACCACAGAGCCGAACGCCACCAUAGGAAGAAUCCUCACUAUGAACAAGCUAAUGUUAGUUUAAGUAACAAAGCGAAACAAAGCCACCACAGCAAACCUGGCCAUUAUAACACAUCUCACAAAGGUCAGAAUAACAAAAACAAGAAUAAGCAAGAAGAGCAGAAAAAGAGGAGAGAGUGGCAGAAGAAUGAAGGCCUUCGUGAGGAAAGAGGGAGACCUGCUGGCAGGGGUGGAGGACCUGCUUUAAGAAGAGGUGGAGGGGACAGGAGGACUAAAACAGUAAGCAUGUGGCUUGACUUUGCCUGUCAGGUUGAAUAUUAAGCUACUAAGUCUUUAUCAGUUUUUUCCUUCGAGGAAAGGACACCUGCUGUCAUUCUAUAAGACUGAGAUUUGUUUUCAGAUCCAAAAGUGCUGCAAAAAUGUUACUCUUCUUGUUACUGUAUUUGUUUACUCUUGUUUAUUUGUCUACAGAACUUAUAUCUGCAGUGGAUUUUAUGCACUCCUCCACAAAUGGCAGCCUCCUGCUUUGAGUGACAAAGUCAAUGCAGAUGCUCUCAAAUAUUCAGUUCCUCGGGGGUCCUCUUGAAAUUGGCCCAAAAAGCCCCAGGAGCCGUUUACAAACCCUUCCAAAAGAAUAUGUUUACCACCCCAACUGUUCCGAUCUAACCAUCCCAUUUCUUUCUGCACACAGUUUAUGGGGGUACUUAAAAAAAUUGAUGUGUGUCAUGACUGAAAUUCGCUUUUAAAAGCAAGAGAAAUGAAUUGAUCCGAAAUGAAACUACGUUUCACAAAAUGGUGCUUAUAAGUAACUCUAUUGGGCCAUGCUUUAUGAAUCUGUACCACUGUCAGUUUGUUAAUGAACCUCAUUGUUGUCUCUGUUCUUCUGAGGACACAAAGGUGGAACGCACAAGAUUCAUGACACAGGAGUUCAAGGACAAGCAUGCCAUCUCUGUGGAUAAUCGUCUAGUUUGUAAAUUUUUCCUGAUGGGAAAGUGCACCAAGGCAGGUGACUUUUAACACGCAUGUUAAAAUCAAGUCAAAGCGUGCUGUCUGACAGAAAGAAGUCACAAUGCAGCGUCCUUACAUCUUUCCUCUCUCUCUCUUUGCUGUAUUCAGGGUGAUGAGUGCCAGCUGGAACACGCUCAGUGCCGCAAUGAUCUCUUUAAAAGUGUUUGCAAAUUUUAUGUCCAAGAAACCUGCUUCAAAGGAGCGACCUGCCCCUUCAUGCACAAUAUCCUUUGGCUGGAAAGCAUCAGUGUGAACUUUUUCUUGAUUGAAAUUCCAGAGUUUGUCCUGCUAAUGCCUAUAUAUAGUUUGUUAAGUAUUUCAUCUAUGAACCGAAAAUAUAGAAUCCCACUCAAUAUUUAGUACUCUGUUUUGGUCUAAGAAAUAUUGACCAGACUUAAGUGAAAGAAAUGCAGUUGUUUGCUGCCUGUAAAAACAGGCAGAUUGCAAACCCUCCUAACAAUAUCCCAGGUCCCAUCAGUGGUUUUCUAAGCAGCAAAUGUGUUUGACAUGGUGUUUUAAAAGCCUUGUUGCCCCCCUAAAUUUUUACCUAUCUGUAUCAAAAUGUUCAGCAAAUUUAAGACCACUUUAAAUCAUGCAAAUCUCAAAAAAAUUUGUUUAUUUUUUUUUUCUUUUGGGCUUAUCCUGCUGAAGUAAGACAGAGUGGAAGCACACUGUCGACUGUUGAACCUACCCAAAACAUGAAUGUGCAUGAGUCUGAAUUACCACAUCUAAGAGCAUAAGGAUUUUUUUAAAAGAAAAGAUAGAUUUGAGUGGAAUAAAAUCUUCAUAGAAAAGGUGGGACAUUGAUGAAAGUAAUUGAAUUUAUUCAAAAAGGAUGUUUGUCAUUAUACACUCACCGGCCACUUUAUUAGGUACACCUGUCCAACUGCUCGUUAACAGUUAAUUUCUAAUCAGCCAAUCACAUGGCGGCAACUUAGUGCAUUUAGGCAUGUAGACAUGGUCAAGACAAUCUCCUGCAGUUCAAACCGAGCAUCAGUAUGGGGAAGAAAGGUGAUUUGAGUGACUUUGAACGUGGCAUGGUUGUUGGUGCCAGAAGGGCUGGUCUGAGUAUUUCAGAAACUGCUGAUCUACUGGGAUUUUCACGCACAACCAUCUCUAGGGUUUACAGAGAAUGGUCCGAAAAAGAAAAAAUAUCCAGUGAGCAGCAGUUCUGUGGGCGGAAAUGCCUUGUUGAUGCCAGAGGUCAGAGGAGAAUGGCCAGACUGGUUUGAGCUGAUAGAAAGGCAACAGUGACUCAAAUAACCACCCGUUACAACCAAGGUAGGCAGAAGAGCAUCUCUGAACGCACAGUACGUCGAACCUUGAGGCAGAUGGGCUACAGCAGCAGAAGACCACACCGGGUGCCACUCCUUUCAGCUAAGAACAGGAAACUGAGGCUACAAUUUGCACAAGCUCAUCGAAAUUGGACAAUAGAAGAUUGGAAAAACGUUGCCUGGUCUGAUGAGUCUCGAUUUCUGCUGCGACAUUCGGAUGGUAGGGUCAGAAUUUGGCGUCAACAACAUGAAAGCAUGGAUCCAUCCUGCCUUGUAUCAACGGUUCAGGCUGGUGGUGGUGGUGUCAUGGUGUGGGGAAUAUUUUCUUGGCACUCUUUGGGCCCCUUGGUACCAAUUGAGCAUCGUUGCAACGCCACAGCCCACCUGAGUAUUGUUGCUGACCAUGUCCAUCCCUUUAUGACCACAAUGUACCCAACUUCUGAUGGCUACUUUCAGCAGGAUAAUGCGCCAUGUCAUAAAGCUGGAAUCAUCUCAGACUGGUUUCUUGAACAUGACAAUGAGUUCACUGUACUCAAAUGGCCUCCACAGUCACCAGAUCUCAAUCCAAUAGAGCAUCUUUGGGAUGUGGUGGAACGGGAGAUUCGCAUCAUGGAUGUGCAGCCGACAAAUCUGCGGCAACUGUGUGAUGCCAUCAUGUCAAUAUGGACCAAGCUCUCUGAGGAAUGCUUCCAGCACCUUGUUGAAUCUAUGCCACGAAGAAUUGAGGCAGUUCUGAAGGCAAAAGGGGGUCCAACCCGUUACUAGCAUGGUGUACCUAAUAAAGUGGCCGGUGAGUGUAGUUUCAAAACAGAGCUUGAAACUGAUGUAUUUCACAGAGAGUAUAUGGCCUUUGUUAUUUGAAACUCUUGUCCCUGGUAAACAGCAUCCAAUAUCACAAAGCAUAUGCAAAUAUUUACAUAUGUUUUAUAUUAAAAUAUGUAAAUUCAGAUUUUAAAGCCCUGAAUUGAUGAGAAAAAGAGACAUAUAUUCACAAGAAAUAGGCUGUCAAAUCAGAUGUAAGUCGGAGAGAAUUAAGUCGAAACAUCAGAAGAAGAAGAAGUCAUUAUGACAGUGUAUUGAUAAUCUGAAUGUCGGCUAAAAUGACAGGGUGAUAUAAAAAAAGGCUGCCAGCCACCUGCACUAAAAUAAAAAACAGGCUGAAGGACUGAAUAUUAUGUUUUUAUGAAACUUAUCAAGUUCAAUAUCCAAAAAUGCUCCCCUCUUUCUCCCCUCUUUAUCUUCUUUUUAGGAGAAAUAUCUUGGCCUACUUUAAGUCUGUACUUUUUCUUGCAUAUUCACAAGUUUAUUCUCAUAGCUCUGUGACUUCAAUCCUCUGUCAAGAUUGCUGAAUAUGUAAUGCUUCCUUUACUUAGCUGCACAGUCCUUCCCUUGCAAGUUCUUCCACAAUAGAGGACAAUGUUUGCAAGGUGCAAAUUGCAAGUUUUCCCACGAGCGGCUCAAUGACCUCACUCGCAGACUGCUGGACGAGGUGUGUGUGUGUUAAAAUUCCAGAUAUGAAAGUGUUAAGAUGUUUGAUAUUUACUCAUGUGUGAUGAAAGUGGUUUAAUCCUCUCAAUUUUUUUUCAUUCAGGCACUAGAACGGGACAAAGAACUUGCAAAGAAAGCUGGACAAGUGUCGUCAGUGCAGCAAGUGAAUCAGGAGGAGUCAGAAAGUACAGAGGCAAAUAAAACCCCAGAUUUUCUCUUAAACCCACAAAGGUAUGGACUUUUGAACUUGAACUCAUCCUUUUGACUCAUGAAAAUAGCAGGUAUAUCUUCACCAUUGAUGUGUGUCUUUCAGGCCCAGUUUUUAUCAGAGUGCAGAGACAGAUGUUCAAGAGAAACCUUCAUCACCACGAGCAGAAGAACUGACUGAAAACAAGGAGGAAGCUGUAACACCACAUGCUGCCCAACUUCACAGCUCUCUGUUAGCAAACUCUAAUCAGACAGAGCCAGUUUGUUAUUCAGUGAAAGCAGUGCUGGGGCCUCAACUUUCCAAACCUUUCCCAAGUUUUUACACAGCUCCAAAAACUCAAGGCUUUCUUCCCCUCUGUUCAUCUGAUAGAAGAACAGAAAGCUCUGCAAAUGCAAAUCAAAGCCAAGCACCUUACUCUGUUGAAGCUGUUCUCAAGUCUUUUAAAUCAGUAGAAACACCUACUUAUCCUACAGAACAUACUGGAUCCUAUCCACAAAAAACGGACUUCAAAGAGAGCACUGAUCCUCUGUCGAGCUCAACAAAUGUCAGAAUUCGAGGACAGAAAUCUCAGGAAAAACUGUUCCAGAGUCUGCCAUCCUUUGAACCAAACUCCAGCCUGAUUUCAGACACCUGCGCCCUGGCCUCAGGGGUGCAUGAGAGGCAAGUCUGGGACAUGCAAGACUCGGUGAAACCUGCGCUUGAUGUUAAGACACAAGGAGAACCUUCACAAAGCUCAUAUUUCCAUACAGACAUUAAACACGCUCCAAGCUCUGAUAGUGAAGGUGCUGAUCACUUGAAAACAAACAAGCAAAAGACGGUUGCUUCAGCUUCAUCUAGUCAGAGAUCUUCUUCCUCUGAACAUCCUGUGAUGUCAAAGCCCCAUAUCUGUGUCAUGACCCCUGACUCGAGAGCUUCUUAUAAGCCCACGAAGUUUAAAGGUAAAGCCACUGCUCUUACAAAGCCCAUCUCCACCUCCAUCAAGUCAAGUAAUUCUGCGGACUCUUUGCGUCUUCUCACAUCAGAACAACAUGUAAAGGGUGACCUGCACUCCAAAGAAAUCACAGCUGACUGCAGCAGUGAAGUGACAGAUGGUUGUCGCCUGACAGGUGGAUGUAAAACAACCUCCAAAAUAUCUUUCCGUAACCUCUUUGCGAAACCAAUCACUGACUCUCUGCAGCCCAAAGAUGAUUCUGUGAUGACACCCGCUGACCCUCAAGGCUUGAUUCAGUCUUCAUCUCCCGCUCUAAAAUCCUCACUUUCAAAAAGUAAUCCACCUAAAACUGCGUCUGAAUCUGUCAAAGCCCCAGCCAGGCCUUUUGCCAGCCUUUUUUCGACUCCUCUCAGUACUGCUCCUCUCCCAAGCAUGCACUCUCUGGAUGAUUCAAGAACGACUUCAGGUUCACAGAGACCAGACCAGAAAGUUGAAACAGCACCUUGUAAUCCAAACUCCAAACAAAGAGAGGAUAAUUUUCAGACACAAAGACCAGACAAGGAUAAUAUGUCAACACCUCUCAGAGCUGAUGUCCAAGUGUCAAAUUCUCCUAAUUCCUCUCCUGGUCCCAAAAAAGGAAAUAAAAGUUCAAAUGAGUGUAGAGAGCAGAUAGCAAGUGCAGCCUGUCCUGUUAAUGGUUCUCCGAGUGAGCAGUCCACCUGUCCACCUCUUUCUGUUUACACUAAAGCUUCAACCCAUGAUAAUCAACCCCCGCCUAAAAUCUCAUCUCCCAAAGGUAAGAAUGCAUGCCACAAACAGUUUAAGAAACACAAGUGAGAAAUGCUGGUAUGCAAUGUCAGUUUUUAACGCCUUUUAUCAUUUUGUUGGUUCAGUAGAAACUGCUCCAAAGUCCAUUCUGAGGACUCUGUUUCAGAGCUUGAGCCCGUACCAGCAGGAUGGAGAGCAAGAAAGGUCACCGUCCUCACAGGUGUGUUUUUGUUUAUCAAUAUUCAAGACAAUUACAACUCCAAUUUCAAAAAAAGUAGGAACACUGCGUACAAAGUUGAUAUACAAACUAGAGACGCACCGAUCCAUUUUUUUCUGAUCCAAUCUGAUACUGAUACCUGGACUGAGUGUAUCGGCCGAUAUCCAAUACCGAUCCAAUACUACUGUUGAAUGAACUGUAUACCUUGCCCUGUGAGUGAAGGCAUCAGGCUUGACAUUAGCCUUGUUAAAAAAAGGUACCAAAUUAACACAGAUAUAAAUUUACUUCAUAUUAUUUAUCACAAAUACCAAAUUUCACAUCAGCACCGAGCAAAAAGAAGUAAGGCUUCCAUGUAAACAUUUAGUGCAAAAGGAUAGACAGAUGUAGAAUAUAGAGUGAACAUUAAACCAUUUUCUUGAUUGGAACAAGUGUGAAGGAACAAAUAUCUAUCUAAAUUAAUACUUUUCUGAUGCUGCGCGUUAGAAGAGGAAGGAAGUCUUGAGAGCAGCCAGGAAGAGGAGUGAGAUUGCCCAUCUCAGAUAUGACAAACUGAUCACAUUUAAACCAUCUCAAGACAAGAAUGCCACCACUAUGAGAGCCUAAUAAUUAACAACAGACAUUUCACAUUAUGACGAUCAGUGUUCCUCUUUGGAAAAAAAAAAACUGCCAAAAGAUGAGAAAAUAAGGACAUUCGAAUAAUGACACUUUUGGCAAAGUUACCUCGAAAAGGACGGAGACUUGCACAUGUUAAUGUUUGCAGUCUAAGGAAUAAACUUGUAGGUGUAUCAGAUGUAUUGGUUUCGAAUAACAUUCAUAUUCUGGCAGUCACAGAGACUCAUCUGGACUACACAUCUUCAGAUGUAGCAAUAAAAAUACAUGAAACUCACAUAGAGGAGGGGUGGCUAUGUACAUCCAGGAUCAUAUCCCAGUAAAAAUGAAACAAGACCAUAGACUGUAUAUAACUGUUGAUGAAGUUAGGUGCUGUUCUGAGCAUUAUUUGUGGCUAUAGAGUAGCUUUUUGUUGGAGGUUUACCCAUGGAGACGUAGACCACUGUGUAUUGCUAUCAUGCGGUCGUUACUAAAGUUGGUAUAACUAGAGAAGCAAGCAAUCGGCUACAUUCAUCUCUCGAGGGGGAGUCUAAAUUGGUGUUAUGGUGUGUGUGACCAUAUCUUAAAUGUACACCAGAAUAUCCCUUUAAGUGUGGUUGGCAGUUUUACCUUCAGGACAGCAGCUAGAGUUUUUGUCACAGCAUCCUCUCUACACAUGUACAGAGCAGGAUAAACAAAAGGAUAAAAUGCCUGGCUUUCUCAAAAGUGGACAUCAAGAUCAGGACUGAUUGAAAAACUGAAACAUCAGUUUUAGGUUCUCGGUCCAGUAUUUUGAGAAGGGUGUUGUUGUUUCUGCAUGCAUCAGUAGAUUUAUUGUAACAGUUUUACUGUCAUUUUUCCUCAUCUGUCCCUCAGAUCGCCUGAAAACAGAGAAGCAACCCUUGUUCAGACUCUGCCUGUCUCAGGGGCAGCAGGUGUGUUGAGCCUCAUGGGUUCGAUCCUAAUCGUUCCUGAGAAACAUAAAAGUGCUGCACUCGCCAUCGGGAACACUGAUGCAGCUUCACAUUGGACAAAAAAUGAAACCCACAUCAAAAGAAAGACAUUGUGCACAUGGGAACAGGGUGGCUGCACCACUUAAGGGCCUUUAUAGGAUUUGAAACACCAAUGCCUUUCAUUUUGGGCAACAAACUGUGGAGUUUAUUUUUCUUUUUCUUUUUUUUUUUUUUUGUCAGGAUUUUAUCAUGAAUUUAUUGUCAGUGAUUAUUAAACAGUCAAAUACUUAAGAUUUGUAUAACUUUUAUUUUUAUUUUUUUGUGAAAAGAGCAAAAAGACAAAUCCCUAACAGCAAAACAAACAAACAAAAAAAGGAAAAUUAUGCCAAACAACACAAGAACCCAGAGGACACUCUAAGAAACCCUCAUUCACACUGACAAGUUUUUACCACCAUCAGUGUUGAUCUUUACUAAUACUUUUGCAUAAAACAGCAGCCACUCUAUUCUUCUUCUCCAUCUUUCAAUUGUUGCAUUUUGAAAAAGGCCACAUAUGUUAAUAUGUGGCCUGAAGCAGGUCUAAAUGUUUUAUUUUUACUUGACCAAAAACAAACAAAAAAUAAAUUUUCCAAUGUUGUGGCAGGCACAGGAGCCUGACAAAGUAAGAGUAACACAAAGAUUGAAUAGAUUUCAAAAUGACUAUUUUUCGGUUGUUGAUAAAAUUGUUUCUGUUUUAUCAGAUAAAUCAGGCAAUACGAAAAAUUUUGGUAACUAUCGCCCAAUAUCUAUUCUAUCCUGCUUUUCCAAGAUCUUGGAUAAACUCGUCUAUGCGAGAAUCUCCGACAACUUGACUGUUAAUAAUAUUUUGUAUAGUCAUUAAUACAGGUUCUGCAAAAAACACUCGACUGAGCAUGCAUUGCCGCAACUUGUUAAUACCAUUUCUUCUGCUCUAGUUGGGGAAAAAUUUGCCCUUGGUGUCUUUCUUGAUUUAAGCAAAGCUUUUGAUACUGUCGAUCAUAAAAUCCUCAUCUCAAAGCUGAACAGAUAUGGAAUUCAGAAUAUUGCCCUUAACUGGCUGAUCAGUUAUCUAGAUAACAGAGAGCAGUUUGUUCAACUAAAUGGUGCUUCAUCCACUAAAUCCAGUAUUCUCUUUGGGGUCCCCCAGGAAUCAAUCCUGGGUCCUCUAUUAUUCUUAAUUUACAUCAAUGAUUUGCCUAUGUCCUGUAAUAAUCUUCUCCCCUUAUUUGCUGAUGACACUUGUUUCAUAGAUGUCCAUGCUGACUUUGAGACUCUCAUUGCUCGUGUGAAUGAUGAAUUAUCUUCUGUUGCUAACUGGUUUCUGACUAAUAAGCUAACCCCUAAUAUAAAAAAAUGUAACUUCGUUAUCUUCUGUAACAAAAACAAAUCUUAUCCAAAAGAUGAAGCCAAAAUAUCAAUUAAUGGUACUGAAAUCUCUCAAGUAUCUCACACCACUUUUUUGGGUGUUGUCCGUGAUGAGGGUCUAGAGUGCAUUAUAUCAGCCAAGUAUGCAAAAGGUCAAUGAAGAGCCUCGUUAUAAUUAAUAAAGUCUGUCCCCUGAUCAAUCCCUCUGCUCAUUUGUCUUUGUAUUACAGCUUUCUAUUUCCAUCCAUGAAUUAUUGUAACAUUGUAUGGUGUGCAACGUAUUCAGCUUACCUCAAGAAAAUAUUAAUAAUCCAGAAAAGAUUCUUAAGAAUGAUAUCACGAUCCAGCAAACACGAACCUUCUGCUCCUCCCUUUUCUAAAUACUCCAUCUUACCGAUUGACAAACGCAAUGUCUUUCACUCUUGUAUGUAUGUCCACAAGUUCUUCAAUAACAAACAAGCCCUUCCUGAAACUUUCAGAAACUUUUUUACCUUUUCAUCCGACCUUCACUCGUACUCAACAAGACAAAAUGGCCAUCUUCAGAUACCUUCAUGUCGAACUUCUAGUCAUCAGUCUAACAUCACUUUUAGAGGUCAGAAACUGUGGCAUAAUCUGGAUGCAUCUCUAAAAUCAAUAUCAUCCCUCAACUCCUUUAAAAUAUUAAAAUCUCAUCUGAUCAUGUCUUAAGUACAUCAUUAUUUAUUAUGAUCAUGUUUCUUUUCUUUCUCUGAAUACUUAAAUUGUCUUUCCCACUGUUUGAUGAUUAGUCUGUGUUCUAUUUAUGGCAAUUUGUAUCUGUUUGACCUUUCCCUGAUCAUUGUACGUUUAUAACCUGACUAUGUCCUCGUUACUUUGUCGUCUGCACCUUGUGCUUUCUCUGCCCUGACGGGAGUGGAGCUUUGUAUAGGCCUAUCGGCCUCAUUGUGCUAAAUAAAUACAAAAUACAAAUACCACUCGCUGAAGCGUCAGAGCGGAGAAGAAAGGGGAUUUAAGUGACUUAGAACAUGUUAUGGUUGUUGGUGCCAAACAGGCUGUGGAUGAAAAUGUCUUGUUGAUGCUAGAGGUCAGAGAGGAAUAGACAGACUGGUUUGAAAUGAUAGAAAGGCAACAGUGAGUCACUCGCUAAAACCUAAGUAUGCAGAAUAUCGUCUCUGAACACACAAGACGUUGAACCUUGAAGCAGAUGGACUACAGCAGCCGAAGACCACACCAGGUGUCACCCAUGUCACUUAAGAACAGGAAACUGAGGCUACAGUUCACACUGGCUCACCAAAACUGAACAAGAUAGGAUAAAUGUUUCCUGGUCUUAUGAGUCUGGAUUUCAUCGGUGAGAGUUAGAUGGUGGGUCAGAAUUUGGCCAAGGUUUUCUUUUCAUGCAUUACAGCUUUUUUAUUUCUAUUACUUUUGAUUUUGUAUUUGUGGAGAGCUACAUCCAAAGAAAAACACAAAUAAAAGGUCUGGAUUUCUCUGUCUGUUAAA